AUGGACAACGCUCUGCAAUCUCUAUCCAAUACGCUCGACGCCAUCAACUCGCGCCAGGCCGCUGCUCGAAGGCGCGCCAGGAAGGGCGCCGAUGUCACUCCAUUCACUUCGGCCGUCUUGAACCGCGAAGGGCUCGAGAUCUACACCUACAUCCGGGACGCCGACCCUCAGACGGAAGCGAACCUCUUCUGGUAUCCACCUCUUCCUCAGUCAGCCUCAGCAUCUCGUGCUGGACCCAGCUCGUCGACUCACGGAUCCGCCCACCUUGCACCCGGUCGUACGAAUGGCGGUGCCCACAUCAACGAGGACGCCAGUGAAGCAGAUCUCCUCCUCGCUCCUCGCUUGCCCGAACCUCGUCAUGUCGCUCCUCCUACACCGCUCCGCAACACUAAUGCUUCCAACAAGCAGACUUUCCAGUCCCAGUCUGAGCAGGGCGUCGAUCCACGCGUCUUGCUUCAAGCAGCACAGCGUCUCAAUGACACCUGCGGCAAGGGCUCCAGAACACGCAAGCACAUCAAGGGUCUUAUCAAGACGCACGCCUCGCUCAACCAAGCCAUCAAGGCUUACGAACAGCAGAUCCGUCAAAGUGAGAAUCAGCUCCGCCUCACUGCUCAAGGCAAACCCAUUGGCACUUCGCAAGUCUCCUCAACCUCGUCUGAGACGCCGCAACUCAGCAACGCCGAUGCUGCUACCGAUGAAAUCCAUGCGCACAUUUCCGAGGUGCAGGAGGCAAUUCAGAAGGAGCAACUUGAGAUCCUUGCUCUCGAAGAGAUGAUCGCAGAGUUGCGCCAGGCACGCUUUGACCGCCAGAAACAGCAACUCGAGAAGCAACAACGCGCAGAGGCUGCGGCCGAGUUGAGCAAGGUACCAUCUCAAUCAGCACAGACGUCUCGCCGAUCCAUGCUACCACGCCACUCCCUUGCCAACGCGGACCAGGCUGACGCUACUGCGCAGCACGCAGCACAACAAUCCGAUCCGGUCGCCGACGACCAAGAUCAAGAGCUGCUUGGCAGCAGAGUCGAUCUCACUCACCAAGACGAAGAGGAGCAAGUACAACAGCUUCAGCACAACCCCGAACCUCAGUAUGAAGUGCAUCAGCGACAAGAGCCCGAUGUCUCGCUUGCACGAGAGCAGCACAACUUGUCCACAACUCGAUCUUGCGACGAUACCCCUGACCUCGCUGUUCAGCAACCUCGAGAGGCAGAACCUGUCGAAUCUUUCGAGACUCAGGACAGCGUGGCAGACACAUCUGCAGUCAUCGAGCCUGUUUCCACGGCUGAAGAAGCCACCGUGGUGUCUCAACAGUCUCAACAACCGCAGCUGCUCGCAGCAAUGGGCCAGAGCUCUGAUGAGCUGCAACGCGUCACCCAGAAGGUAUGGGAGGUGUUUGGCGAUGCCUUGCGAUCCGUUGCGCCCGGACGUGAGCGCGCUGACUAUCACGAUACACUUGACCUCUUGAAAGCGCUCAUGACGGGUGGCGACAAGCCCAACGCCGGCGACUACUCGGUUGGCUCUGUCCAGACCUCUUCCACCCUCUCCACUGCUGCCAGUGAGGCUUCAGCGGCAGCUUCAGCCCAGCUGACCCCCGAGGUUCUCAUGACUGCUUUUGUCAUCUUCCAGAUGCUUGUAUCCGAGGAGCCGCAUCGUAUGAAUAUCGACCAACUCAAGCUGCGCGGUCACGAGUGGUGGUCCACCUCAGGCAUGCAGGUCUGGCUUCAUGCACGCUCGCAUGACGAAAAUCAUGUUGCCAUCCGCGCAGAAGCCUUCGAAGAUGGUCAGAACCUGGCAAGGAAAGCGACGUACGGAAUGAUCUCGAAGCAGCUCUUUGCCAUUAAGCGACAGAAAGGUGUCGGUCUCGUAGGCUUCGCUUAG